AUGAGCAGCAGGGAGCACGCCACAGUCUACAGCCAACCGGCCAACACGGGCUCAGGUAUCCACGAAAACACCCAACUCGCUUCGGCCAUCGAUGCACUCAAGCACCAUGCUAACCCAGUCCGCCUCGAAGACUUUGCGCUCUCCCAAGGAUUACCCGCCUUGCUCAACCCGAACAGCGGGCUGUUCCAACGUUUUCGAUCGCACGACCGCGUGACCUACGAUGCCAAAACGGACUUGUGGAUGUACAAGCCGGAUUACGAUCUGCGUACGCCUGCGGAUCUAGUGGCUCUGUUGAAGGCGAGGUUUUUGAAUCCCGGUGGCAGUGGCGCAAGGAACUCGUCGGCGGCAGGGAUGAGGCUGGCAGAGCUACGGGAGAGCUAUCCUGCUGCCAGGGAUGCGAUCGAGGAGUUGAGCAAAGUAGAGCCAAGGGAGGAUAGGGAGGUCUUGGUGUUGAGGGGGCAGAGAGAUGGCGCCAUCAAACAAGUGUUUUGGAACCCGCUUCGAGGCAAGGAUGCGAGAGGCGUCGAUGAUGAAUUCAAAGAACUCUGGCACGAACUCAAGGUCCCAGACCUCGUCGACCUACCCAAAGAACUCGAACGCGAAGGUCUCUCUACAACAGAUAUGCUCGAUAGCCCCAUCUCAGCCGCUCAACUUGCUGCCAAUGCCAAGAACAAAAAGAAGAAAAAGGGAGCAGGCGCUCGACGCGUCAAGUUGCUCAACACCCAUUUGGAGGGCGUCGACCUCUCGCAAGACUUUGUCAAACCUUCCUAG